AGGGGUGCAUGGUAACAAAAGCUGCACUAAAGGACAAACCCUUUCUGCAACACAGUCUCUCUUAGUAUUUAUUCUCUUUUAUUUGUUUCUUCACAGCCCCUCAAUGAAGAACAAGAAGGGUGAAGCUCUGAGUGAGACUUCUCUCCCACCUUCAACCAUGUCUUCUUCCUCCUCUUCUCUUGUCACCACUCUUGUUGAUAAUAAUAACCCUACUCAACCUUCUCAGUUAAGAGCGGCACGCCGUCGUUUCACCUCUGAUCAUCACCUUCCUGAGAUAAGCCUCAAAACCCCUAUGGUUAGGCCUUAUGUUCGAUCAAAAAUGCCUAGGCUUCGUUGGACACCAGAUCUCCAUCGUUGCUUCGUGCAUGCAGUUCAAAGACUUGGAGGAGAAGACAGGGCCACACCAAAGUUGGUUUUACAGCUCAUGAAUGUAAAGGGGCUUACUAUAUCUCACGUCAAAAGCCACCUUCAGAUGUACAGGAGCAUGAGACACGAGCAGAUGAGUCAAGGUGCAAAGAAGAAUAAUAUGGCUCCGGAUUUCCCAGCUUCCACACUCGCAACUCUUGGCCCAAGGCAACAGAAACCUCACAAAAGAAGCUGCACGGAAGAGCUUGUUCCCACCCAAGCUCAAUGGAAUCAUGAUGAGCAAGAGUGUUACAAUGGAAACCAAGGGGGUGAAUCGAUUAUAAUUUGUAACGGCAAUGAACAGAAGGUGCACUCCUACAUCAUCUUCGAGGGUCUUCUGAGAGGCCAGUCUGUCCAAGAGAAUAAAACUACUACUACUGAAAAGGUGUCACUAGGUGAUGCCGGUUACGAAAGCGACCAUCAAAGAUUCCAAGACACAACUCUGUCCCUUUCAAUGAGCUCAAGGCCUUCUUCACAUUCGUUCUUGAAUCGGAGCCACAGUACUGGUCCAGAUGCGAAUGAUGUCUCUCUUGAGCUCACGCUCUCUUAGAAUCAUGCACAUAAUAAUAACAGCAAGCCUUUUCUUUGUCAUCAUUUAUACAUGUUUCUUCCAUCCUACAACUACACUACAAACUAAUGGUGCAUGACCUUUCAAGAAAGAACAAUCCAUACUAUCAAGUGUUUUUCCGACAUCGAUUAAGAAAUUAAAAUUUUUAAAAAAUUAUUAAAUUUUUGUCGAUGCAUUUUUAUUUAUUAAUUUCUUAAUAAAUGUCUCUAAAAGCACUUGUUAGCAGGAGACCGAGGAAAUUGUAAUACCAACGCUACUUUAGUUCGCAUCAUUUAGUGCCCAUGAUCAGAAGUACUAGAAAUCAAGUGAACUAAUUAAGAACAUAAAAUCGUGUCUCCUAAAAAUCAAAAAAUAUUAUGUAGUUGCAUUAAUUGUCUAAAUUUCAAUCUUAGUUGUUUGAGCUA